UUUUUUCUCAAAAAUUAUUUCAAUUUUUUCUUAAAAAUUAACAAUUUUUUUUUAAUGUCAUCAUUUUGAAUCAUCAUCAGAUUGAUUUUGUCCACAAAAUUUUUGUUUUUCUCGGUGUUUUCAUAUUGAGCUUUUGAAGCUCUUUGUUUGUUGGUUCCAUACGACAAUUUUUUUUAAAAUAAAAAAAGAUGACAUUUAAUGUUGCACCAUUUUUACCAGCAAUGGUACCAUUGGCUACAUUUUUAUGGAUACGUGCUGCUGAUCAUUCAACAUUUUUAUCAAGAAAUACAUGGGAUCCUGAAUAUGAUUAUAUUGUUAUUGGUGCCGGUUCGGCUGGUGCUGUUGUUGCAAAUCGUUUAUCUGAAGAUCAUCAUACAAAAGUAUUAUUAUUGGAAGCUGGUGGUUCUGAAAAUCUAUUCAGUGAUAUACCAUUAGCAGCGGCUAAUUUACAAAUGACACCAAUCGAUUGGGCAUAUCAAACUGAACCACAACAAACAUCUUGUUUUGGUCUUAUUAAUCGAGUAAGUUUGAUUUUUAAAAAAUUCAUUUUUUUUUUGGUUAAUUUGUCCAUCCUACAGCGAAGUAGAUGGCCACGUGGCCGUGUAAUGGGUGGAUCAUCCGUUUUAAAUUAUAUGCUCUAUGUACGUGGAAAUCGUCGUGAUUAUGAUCAAUGGGAAGAAAUGGGAGCUUAUGGUUGGAAUUGGCAAAAUGUUCUACCUUAUUUCAUCAAAUCAGAAGAUAAUCGUGAUCCAAUUAUUGCAUCAAAUGGUUAUCAUGGUGUUGGUGGUUAUUUAACUGUAUCAAGUCCAUCGGAUAUUACACCAAUAUCGUUAGCAUUUCCACAAGCAGGAAAAUACCUAGGUUAUCCAAAUUCCGAUAUUAAUGGACCAACACAAACUGGUUUUGUUAUACCGCAAGGUACAAUACGUCGUGGUGCACGUUGUUCAACUGCUAAAGCAUUCCUGUCAUCAAUUCGUGAUCGUUCAAAUUUACAUGUGUUAACAUUUGCAUAUGUUACACGUAUUUUAUUCAAUGAAAAUCGUCGUGCUAUUGGUGUACAAUUUGAUCGUUUUGCAUUAACACAUAUGGUUAUGGCACGUAAAGAAAUUAUAAUUUCAGCCGGUUCUGUUAAUACACCACAAUUGCUAAUGUUAUCCGGUGUUGGACCAAAAGAUCAUUUACAAGCACUUGGUAUACCUGUUAUUGCUGAUCUACCGGUUGGUGAAAAUCUUCAAGAUCAUAUUUAUCCAGGUGGUAUACAUUUUCAAGUUGAUGCAAAAUAUUCAUUCGUACAACGAAGAGUUGUUACUAUACCAAAUUUAUUAUCUUAUUUUGCUUCUGGUCGUGGUCCUUUAACUGCAUUAGGUGGUGUUGAAGGUCUUGGUUUUAUCAAUACAAAAUAUGCUAAUAAAACGGCUGAUUAUCCUGAUUUUGAAAUACAUUUAGUUAGUGGUGGUCCAUCAUCUGAUGAUGGUCAAACAUUUCGUCGUGUACAAGGACUAACCAGACAAUUAUGGCGACAAGUUUAUCAACCUUAUAUAACAACAGAUUCAUUUUCUGUUUAUCCAGUUAUGUUACGUCCGGAAAGUGUUGGCUAUAUAAAACUUCGUUCAUCAAAUCCAUAUGAUCCACCUAUAAUUGAUCCAAAAUAUUUAACACAUCCAAAAGAUAUAUUGAAAAUGGUUGAUGCAAUGAAAAUAUCGAUUGCUGUUGGCCUAACACCGGCAUAUCAAAAAAUGAAUGCACGUUUAUUUGAAACAAUUUUUCCUGGUUGUGAACAUUAUCAAAUGUGGAGUGAUGAAUAUUUAGCUUGUGUUGCAAGAAGUUAUACGGCAACAAUUUAUCAUCCAGUUGGAACGGCUAAAAUGGGUGCACCAUGGGAUCCAACAGCCGUUGUUGAUCCAGAACUUCGUGUUCUAGGUGGUAUUAGUGGUUUACGUAUUGCUGAUGGUUCAAUAAUGCCCAAGAUUGUAUCGGGCAAUACAAAUGCACCAAUCAUAAUGAUUGGUGAAAAAGCAGCCGAUCUUAUUAAAGGUAUUAAUUUGCCAAGGUAUGAUAUGGAUGAUGAAACGAAAAUAACAUUAUCAAGACAAUCAAUAGCCAAAAAUGAUCAAUCAAAAUCGAAUUGAAACUUUUUAAUCAUCUGACAAUCACUAAACCAAAAUUCACAAGUGCCAUUCUAGCCGAACACCAAAUAUAUACCGGGUUUGAUCAAUUUUUUUUUUUUGAAUUUGUUUAAUUUAUUAACUUUUUUGUUUGUCGUCGAACUUGUAUGUUUUUUUUCUCGGCC